AUGUCGUCAGGCAAGAAAGGACCCACGGUCCUUGUAACCGACGCCAGAGAGAGGCCAAAUCAGCGAAGAGUUUCCCGACGCCCCGAUACGAGCAUUGGGGCUCCUGUCGUCCGCAUGCCGAUGAGAUUCAUGACUGUCGACAAUGUGCUGCAAUACAAUUCACAAAUUCCAUCCGGUCAGCCGCGAGGACCCCCGACCUGGCAAAGACCAGGUUCAGCCCCUGGGAGCAGCCAAGGUCGGCGCAUGGUUUCCGGGGGCGGGUUACCCAACCUUCAAUCACGAACCGGACAAACCAUGCCUUCGCGAACGACGAAAAUCAGCCAGAAGCUGGUGCUUUUGCCCGAGACCGAUGAAAGCGCCGAGGACAGCAACGAGGAGAUGGAGAGCGAGGCAGCCAUGUCACGAAGGCUGCAGAGCGAAGAGGACGGGCCGUUGCGGGAUGAGGAGCUAGAUGUUUUGAGGCAAAGAGGUGGUGUAAGAGGAAAGAGUUACGCCGAAAGACUGCCCAAACAGCAGCGCAAGGAUAGGGUCAGCCGAUUGACGGCUUACUGCACGGCCCAGGCGUACAAGACGACCGAGACGUCCGAAUUCCUGAGGAAGAAGCACGACGCCAGGACGAAAUUAUACGACGACUGCCUGUACGCUAUUUAUGCGCUGCCGCUACUGAACGGCACGGAAGGAUUUCGGGUGCGUGGCCGGCCGAUGCUCAAGACUCCUGGCACAGGAAAGACUAUGCUGGAUCUGGAGAUUGAGAGAAGCGAACAACGAGAUCACUACAAGGGCUACUUUGCAGACGACGCAUACACCUCGCCAGGAAGUCCCCGACGUGAGGGUGGAGAAUCCAGUCGAUACGGACCCUCGUCGCCCCCCAGAAAUGAAGCUCAGCAAGACGCGGAAGACGGCAUCCCGUCCCAGAUCAAUCGGCUGGCCCCUGAUGCGAAAAGCUUUGGCGAGAUAUUCGUAUUUUCCUACGGCGUGGUUGUGUUUUGGAACUUUACAGAGCAUCAGGAAAAGGACAUUCUGGCCGACCUAACCUUUGCCGACGCCGAAACGGGCGUCUCGCUCUUGACGCGGCCCCUGGAACAAGAUGACUUUGAGACGGAAGAGUUCCACUUCGAAUACAGCGCCGAUGUCAAACUUCCUCGGGUGUUUAACGACAUGAUCACGUUGCUUCCUCGCUCCGACCACAUGAUCAAGCUGACCAUAAGUCAUGCCAUUGCACAAAGCACGAAGCUGUGCUUCUUUGAAGGGCGGAUGAGCGAAACGAUGCUUGACGCGCAACAUGUACCAAAGACGUUGGCACUGACGGGACAGUUGAACAUGACGAGGGUCGAGAUUGUUACACUUUUGGGUAAAUUGUUCAAGAGCCGUGUGGACAUUAACCUCUCAUCCAACAUUCUCGACGUGCCAAACUUCUUUUGGGAUUCGGAGCCAACACUUCAUCCCCUGUACGCUGCUAUCCGGGAGUAUCUGGAGAUUGACCUUCGCAUCAAGGUGCUCAACGAGAGAUGUCGCGUCUUCUUGGACCUGGCCGAAAUUCUGUCCGACUCGAUAGCGGAUGCGAAGAUGAGCUGCAUUACGUGGAUCGUCAUCGUACUCAUACUGAUUAGCAUCCUGGUCACAGUCACCGAGGUCAUACUGCGCUUCGUCAUGCUCAAAAAAAGCAGCGGCAACUCCAACCUGGAGAGCCCGCUCGACUCGGUAUCCUGGGCCGGAAACACGAAUCCCUCGGAGGCCCCCGAGGUGCUAACACUCGACCCGAAAGGUGCGGACAUGGCGUUGCAGGAAGGGGGAUUGUCCCCAGGCGCGGCCGUUGCUGAGCUUGAGGUUGUUGCACUUGCCCUCGGCUUGCAGCGGAACGCGACGCUGGCUGAUGUUGAACGGGGCAUCCGCGAGUUACAAAGGGCAGCGGGGUCGAUUGAUUACGGUUACUGCGCCAGUGGUGAAGACCGGAAUUGCAUGGGUUCCUCACGUUCCGAGAAUCACCGGCAGGAUUUCCUGGGAGGGUCCAGGUUGCCGUGCCCUGGCUUAGACUGUGAAGCCGAGGACUUUGGCGACGGCCAAGGCGCAGACGACGAAGCCUGGGCAUAA